AUGAGUGACUAUAACUUGUUAGUAGAAAAAUUGUUGGGGACUUGUAAUGAGAUAAAUGUCCUAACAAAGAAUUAUCUCAUCAAAAGAAAUGCAAACGGGAAGUGUAAUAUUGAUGAUAAGAAUAAACAUAUAACGGAAAGAAUAAAAGCAGCUGAAGGAUCUUUUGACCGACUCAGUGAAGUUAUACAAAAGAAAGAAGAACUCCAUGAAAAGUAUGACAUUCUUUUCACGUUAUUCAAAGCGUUAGAAAGAAGAUAUAACACUGAAAUAUUUAAUGACCAAACAGAAGAAGAAUUUGACAAGAUGAUUAAUUUAAACAUCAAAUUACUCGAAGAAAAAUUUGAAAUAGAUAAAGCCCCUUUUGACAAACAAAUCAAUGAUCUUGAAAAAAAGAAAAACUCAGACAUUAAAGCUUACCAAAUUAUUAAAAAACAAAAAAACAGCACAAAACUACUUGGACUAUCUUUAAAGAAAAUUGAUGCCCUUGAAAAAAUGACGGGGAAGAAGGUGGAGAAUGUCAUUUUUGACAGUGAGAAGGAUGAGUGGAGUAAAACAAAUUCGGGUUUUAAAACAGAAAUCAAAGAUGAACAUAAUUUGUUGUUUUUGGUGGAAGAUGACGAGUUGAACACGUUUGGUGGAGUGGUUUACAACGAAAUUGAAAAAACAGGAGAAAAUCGUGAUAACAAUGCUUUUGUGUUUUCUUUAAUUAGAAACGACGAACUGAAUCCAAAGAAGUUCGAAUUUGUUAAGACUAAAGAAGAACGAUAUUCAUUCUAUUUGGGAAAUGAUAGAGAAAAUAAUCUUUUUUCGUUUGGGGAUAAAGACAUUGAAGUCUGUAAAACAAAAAGCAGUGGAACUAAUCAUUGUCAACCAGAAAGAUUUUCGUAUAAACUAAAGGAUUUGACUAAUGACAUUGUUUUUUAUUCAAGAAGAAUUCGAGUCUAUCAAUUAGGUGAAAAUAUUCAAAAAGCACCAUCUAAUUUCUUUUUAAAUUUAUUUGCAAAAUAA